AUGAGUUUGAUUCCACACUCCAACAUCAGAGUCGACAACUUCUGCUUUAUGAGGAAUGACUUGACUCAAUACAUAUUUUUCCUAUCCCACUGCCACGAAGAUCAUGUCAAGGGCCUAAACCCCUCUUGGAAUUAUGGAAAGAUAUACACUUCUAAAAUCUCUAAAAUUCUCAUCGUAGAUAGAUUUCCUAAUCUGAAGGAUUUGGUAGUUGAACUGGAAAUGGAUGAAGAGCAUUGGAUAUAUCUCGAUGACUAGCAGUAGGAGGGAGUCUCUGUAAUGCUGAUGGAUGCUUAUCACUGUCCAGGAGCAGUUAUGUUUCUAUUCAAAGGCAAGAUGGGCAAUGUUUUCCAUACUGAGUAUGAUUUCCCCACUAGAGAAGAAGCAUAUAAUCAGCUCAAAGAUACUAUUAAGGCUCAUGCAUAGCAUAGAAUCUUCCUUUUUUCCUAUCACUUGGGCAAGGAAGAAGUGUUCGUUAAUCUAGCAAAUGAUUUUGAAACUCUUGUUGUGGUGGACGAGGAUCGCUUUAGAAAGCUAUGCAUUAUGGACUUGAGUAUAGAUUUGUUUACUACUGACUCUACAAUGGGUUGGAUUCAUAUCAAAUCCAUUAAAGAUCUUAAAAAUUUUGACAUUUAAGAGAGUAAUAAAGAAGAACCUACUGUCUUUAUUAUUCUUACUGGGUGGAACGAUAAAUACAACAGAAAUCUCCCCUUUUAUUUUAAGAUUCCAUAUUCCAGCCAUUCAAAUUACAGAGAACUGGAAAGGUUAGUCAAGUCAAUUAUGCCUAAAAACUUGGUAUUCAAUGUACCAGAGAGAGCAAUGUCAGAAAAGCGUUUAAAUUUCCAGAGACAUUUGAUCAGUCAGUAUGUUGUUAAAGGUAAGAAGGAUAAGGUAGAUGCUAAAAUGUUUAACCCUAAAAAGGGUUAUAUAUGUGGAAGUGCUAAAAAGGCAGAUAUAAAAUGUGAAUCAAUUGAUUUAAUAAAAUCAGAGAUAGAUAUUUUCCAACAAAGUUCAUAACCAUAAAGCAAGGAUGCUAUAGUCGGAUAUAAACAUGGAGAUAAUUACCUUUCUGAGAGCUAAGAUUAGCUUAUGGUUAAAAAAGAAGAGGAUCAAACAGAAACGAAACUAAAGACACUUAAGAACUCUGAAGAGUUUAAGUUAGACUCAAUAAUUAAAGGUGAGUCUGAUUAAACUAAAUAAUUGAAAAAUGAGUUUAAGAUUAAGAGAGAGGAAUUCAAUGAUAAAACCCCAGAUUAUAAUAUAAAAUAGGAGCAAACAGAUGAUUAUUGUAUAAAGGAUGAGAAUUAAAAUAAAAGCACUAAGAAAUCAAGAACUAAAGAAAAGUUGUUUAAAAAGUAAAAGAAGGAUAAGAAAAAGAAUAAAAAGCAUAAGAAAAUGAUUGAAAAGCUAAAAAAACAAAUGUUUAGUAGGAGUGAUGAGUAAAUACUAUAAUACAGUGAAGACUUUGAAGGGACACCAUCUUAUGAAGCAGAAGACUUGAUUGGUAAAGACAUUGAUCUGAAAAAAGAGGAUGAAAUUGAUAAUAUGGUCGAUAACUUAAUUAGUCAUCCAGUACUUGAUUGUAGUUCUGAACUUACAUUGAAAGCUGAAAGUUUAGAUAUAAAUUCUCUCACCAAGUUUGAAGAAUAAGGAUAAUCAAAUGUUGAAGUUCUACCACCAAGUAAUGUAAGAAAGUUGGAGGGGAUAGAUAAAUUUAAAAUAGUUUAUAUGCCAAGAGAUUCAAUGUUUAAUUAUUUAAGGGAAAGAUAUUUAGCUAAUAAAGCUUAGCAGUAUCCAACUGAAAUUCUGAGCUAGGAAUAAAGCUGA